GGGCCCCGCAGGUUCGACCGCGGCCCCUGCUCGCUGUACGACCCCCUGUUCGAGGGGGGGCUCUUCGACCCCGGGCCCCUGGAGGACCCCGUGGACGCCGCGGUGCAGCUGAAGAGACGCAGGCUGGAGGGGCUGAGGCUGGCCGAAGGGGGUGGCGGUGGGUGUGCCGGGGGCCACUAUGAGCUCGGGGUGCAGGCAGCCCCCCCGCCUCCCAGGCCCCUGGAGUACAGACUGCUGGAGGAGGAGAACGCGCUCCUGAGGAAGAGAGUGGAGGAGCUGAAGAAGCAGGUGUCGAACCUGAUUGCCACCAAUGAGGUGCUGCUGGAGCAGAACGCCCAGUUCCGCAGCCAGGCCAAGGUCAUGACCCUGUCCUCUACGCCGGCGCCCUCAGAGCAGAACCUGGCGCCCCCCGUGGGCUCGGUGAGCUCCUACAACCACAGCAUCGCGCAGACGCACACCACCCUGAGCAGCGCCGCCCUGCAGCCGCGCCCCGUGAGCCAGCAGGACCUGGUGGCCCCCGCCGCGGCACCCCCAGCUCCCCCGAGCAAUGCGGCCCCUCCCUCCGCGCCCCCGCCGCACCUCAACCCGGAGAUCACCCCUCUCUCCGCCGCCCUGGCCCAGACCAUCGCGCAGGGCAUGGCGCCUCCUGUCUCCAUGGCGCCCGUUGCGGUCUCCGUGGCGCCCGUGGCAGUUUCCAUGGCGCAGCCCCUCCCUGGCAUCACCAUGAGCCACGCCACCACGCCCAUGGUGUCCUACCCAAUCGCCUCGCAGAGCAUGCGCAUCACCACGCUGCCCCACUGAGGCUCGCCCGCCUCCCUGGACAGGACAGCUGCUGCACGGGGGCCGGGCGUCCGGACGGAGAACUGAGAAGGAAGUCCUUCGAGUCUGGGAACUUUGUUGACCCGGAAGAACUUUUUUUUAAAUUGAGUUUUUUUUUUAAUCGAUGAUACAAUACUUGUAGCUAAAACAAAAAUGUUGAUGCGUUUCAUAGAAAAACACAGAGCCUGAUGGGCAGACUGCUCCCAUACUGAGGGGUGUGUGUGUGUGUGACUGGAUGGGGAGACUGUGCCUGGGGGUGUGUGUGUCUGACUGGAUGGGGAGACUGUGUC